GGAGGGGGAGCUGCGGGACUACCGCAACAGGGCGCAGGCGCUCCUCAAGUCCAAGGAUGCGGAGAUUGCUCGCGCGCGUGACACCGCCGCCUCCGCCGCCGCCGCCGCGGAGAGUGAGGAGCUGGCGGCGGUACGGCAGCAGCUGGCGGCGGCGCUGGCGGCGGCAGCGGCGGCGGAGCGGGAGGGCGCGGAGGCGCUUGAGAGGGCGGCGGCGGAGGCGGCGGAGGAGGUGGAGCGGUUGAAGAUGCAGCUUGACGCCGCCCAGUCCUCCUCCACCUACUACCAGGAGCUGCUGCAGCGGGCGCAGGCCGCCGCGGAGGAGGCGGGCCGGCGGUCGGAGGCGCUGGAGGCGCGGCUGGCGCACCAUCAGGCGCAGCUGGGGCUUGAGGGCGGGGCGACGGCGGAGGGUGGGCAGCAGCGGAGGGGCGCGGCGGAGGAGGAGCUGGAGGAGGCGAGGGCGAGGAACGCGGCACUUGAGUCCGACCUGGCCGCCACUGUGGGCGAGCUGCGCUCCCACCAGGCUGCCAGCGAGGCGCUGAUGGAGGCCAAGGACGCGGAGGUGCUGGGGCUGGUGCGCAGGAACGCACUGCUGCAGGAGGAGAUGGUGGCGGUGCGUCAUGCGCUGGCGGCGGCUGAGGCAGCGGCUGCGGAGGCGCGCGCGGCUGCGGAGGCGGCUCAGGCGCAGGCGGACGCUGCGGCUUCGCAGCUGGAGGCGCGGGCUCGGCGGGCCGCGUUGCUGGACGAUGAAGACCGGUUGCAUGAGGCCGCUCUCGCCGCCUUCAACCCGCCGCCCGUUGUCGCGCCGACCUCGGCCCACCACACCCCGCCCCUCUCCUCCGACCAUGCCGCUUCUCGGGCCGGCGUUGACGGCGGCAGCCGAGCACACAGCAACAGCGACGGCACCGCCGCCAUGACCGCAUCCACCGCUGCUGCUGCCGGUGCCCUUCCUCCCAGCGCCGGUGGGAGCGGACAUCCUGGGGUGGACAUCCUGGGCACCCUCAUCCGGCCCGAGUCCCUCUCCUUGUCCGCCGUGGGCGCGGGUGCAGACGGCCCCGCAACGGCAGGGGCAACGGAGCCGCGAUCCCGCUCCUCCCGUUCAGGUACAGCAGAUGGGUACGAUGAAGGUACGGCGACGUUGCCGCUCUCCACUUCCGCCUCCGCCUCAGCUGCUGCGCUGCCGGCGCUGCUGACGUCAUCAACGACGGCCGACAUGGACACCGCCCCGAGGUCCUCCUCCUUCCUGGUCGCUGCUGCCGGGUACCGACGUAGCGGUGGCGGCGGUGGGGUUGAAGCAGCAGCCGUCGACCUGUCGUCAUCCCUUCACGCCCACCAUCACCAUCACCCUUCCCAUGCGCAUGCUGCUGCCGCUGCUCGCGAGGAGGAGGUGUCCCGGCUCCGGAGCCAGGUUGCGGUGCUGGAGUCGGAGGUGGUGGAGCUGGAGAAGGAGGUGGCGCUGCGGGAGGAGAUGGAGCGGGCGCUCAAGGAGAGCGUGAGGGACAUGGAGCGGGCCAUGCAGCGGCAGGCGAAGGGCUCCAGCGCUAUCGACGCGGAGUACCUGAAGAACACCGUCAUCAAGCUCUUCCUGACGGGCGAGGCGGAGCAGCUGCUGCCCGUCUUCGCAACCAUCCUGUCGUUCAGCCCGGAGGAGCAGCGGCGCUGCAGGGAGGGGCUGGCGGCCAUUAACAGGGGUGAGGUGCCGCUGCCCGCUGCCGCCGCCGCGGUGGACGCGAGCAUCAGCGCCCUCACCAGCCUGAGUGCAUGGAC